UGCCCUUUUCCACCAAUCGAAAGGGGAGGGGCUCUCCUCCGCUUUGAGGGGGGUCCGGCGAAGGUGGGCUGGCACGCGCCGUGAGGUAGAAAAAGGAGGGGCUGCUCACGGGGAGGGGGCAGAGAGAAGGACCCCCACUCCACCCCCCUGAACGGAAGAGAGGCGACGGCGUUUAUUAUACAAAGAGAGACUCGAGAAGCGCCUACGAAGGUGUGUUAAACAGUAGUCUUCAUUAUUUUCAUAAAAUAUUUAUAGAAAAACAUGACUCCACUAAAAUUACAUGGAUCUGUUCGCAUGAGGAGCAUACAAACCGGGACUACAAAAUGGAAAGAAGGAACAUUUGAAAUUGUGGAUAAAGAAAGCAAAGUAAUUUUGGUAGUUCACUACAAUGCUGGAGGAAUUCCAAAAAUGUUUCCGCUGAACCAUAAUAUAAAAAAUGUAGUUGUACGACAAAGUAAAGGGAAAUUGUGUUGCUUGAUGAUAACACUGAAGGAUUCUAGUGUUUUGACUCUUGAUAAAAUACCAUCGAAAGAUGCUAAUGAAAUGAAGCUGUAUCUAGAAGCUAUUCAGAACAAGAUUCAGACAGGUGUGAAAUUAUCUCAUGGAUCUGGCAGUUUUGGAGGAGUUUUAAGCAAUAGAGCCAUGCAGAAGGAUUCCAACAGACAGCUACCUUCCCUUGAAGGCCAGACUCCUAGAAGAGUGAUUGCAGAAAAUAAAGAUGAAGCUCCAUUUCGUAAAGUAUUGGUCAGCCCAGGAAGAGCAUCAAUUAAGAAUUCUCCAGUAACUGGAAUGUCUUACAGCAGAGUUAAUAUUUCAGCUACUGCUACUUCCACACCUCACAGAAAUGGAUUAUUAGAAAAUCGUGAAAGGAGGAAAAAGACAUCCCCUGCGGUUGAGAUGAAUGAAGAUUAUCCUAAAGAAAAUGAUUCAUCAAGCAAUAACAAAGCCAUGACUGAUCCAUCAAGGAAAUUUUUACACAGCUGCAGAGACAAGCAGAUGCAUUUGAAACAGGCUGAGGAAAAUAGGAUAUCAGGGGUUUUGCCUUUACAGUCAUCUUCAUUUUAUGGUAGCAGAUCUUCCACAAAGGAUUAUUCAGCUAAUAAUUCUAAUUUGGACAGAUCUAAUGUAUUGAAUCCUUCAGCCAAAAGAAGCUUAGGUUUUCUGUCUCAGCCAGCCCCUCUUUCUGUCAAAAGACUGAGAUCUAAUCAGGAUUACACAGGAUGGAACAAGCCUCGAGUUCCUCUUACUACUCAUCCACAGCAGCAGUUACAAGGAUUUACAAAUUUAGGAAACACUUGUUACAUGAAUGCUAUUUUACAGUCUUUAUUUUCAAUUCAAUCAUUUGCUAAUGAUCUUUUGAAGCAAAGUAUCCCAUGGAAAAAAGUUCCAUUGAAUGCAUUGAUCAGACGAUUUACCAAUUUACUUGCUAAAAAAGAUUCAUGUAGCCCUGAAGUAAAGAAAGAACUACUCAAAAAGGUGAAAAAUUCAAUUUCAGCUACAGCAGAGAGAUUCUCUGGCUAUAUGCAAAAUGAUGCUCAUGAAUUCUUAAGCCAGUGUUUGGAUCAGUUGAAGGAGGACAUGGAAAAGCUGAACAAAACUUGGAAAAGUGAGCCUAUUUCUAGUGAAGACAACUUGUCCGGGCGCAUAUCAGAUGACUUUUCAGCCACUAAAGUUUAUACAUGUCCAGUAAUUGCAAAUCUAGAAUUUGAAGUUCAGCAUUCAAUCAUAUGUAAAAUGUGUGGUGAAACUGUCAUCAAGCGGGAACAAUUUAAUGAUCUUUCCAUUGACUUGCCACGAAGGAAAAAGCUGCUUCCGUCUCGAUCAAUCCAAGAUUCUUUGGACCUCUUUUUCCGGGCAGAAGAAAUCGAAUACUCCUGUGAGAAGUGUAGUGGAAAAUCUGCUCUUGUUACACACAAAUUCAGUCGAUUUCCCAGGGUUUUAAUACUUCAUCUGAAACGGUACAGUUUCAAUGUGGUGCUCUCCCUCAAUCACAAAGUAGGUCAGCAAGUGGUUAUUCCAAGAUUUUUGACCCUGCAGUCACACUGUACAGAAAGCACAAGGCCCCCACUUAAUCUUGGAUGGAGUGCACAAUCAGCCAUUUCUCGGCCAUUAAAAGUGUCCCAAAUGGCGAAUUCCUGCUCUGUAAUGACUUCUACACCUUGUCGAAAAUACUCAUUCAAAAAUAAAGGUCAUAUUUUAAAUUCUUUGGAUUCAGACAGUGAAGAAGAACCACUAAAACGUCCUGUUGCAAACAGUCAGAAACAGUGUGAUUUCCAGAGCAGGGAACAACAGCAAGAGGAGCUUGAGAAAAGCUCAAAGAAAAGUAAAACAGAAAAUCCCAAACCCCCAGAGAAUAGUGGGCUCGAAACAAUGACUGAAGAUGAACUUCUAGCAGCUGUCCUGGAGAUUAGUAAACGUGAAGCAUCGCUAUCAAGCAACGAUGAAGACAAGCCAACAAAUAGUCCCGAUACUGGCUUUGGAGAUGAUGAGAUGCAAGAGUUGCCAGAUAAUAUGGAAGUUAAGGACACUGAUAAACCCAAAACUACUGCAGAGUCUGGUUAUGCCAACUUGACCAAGGUAACUAAAGAUUUUGAUGAAAAUAAAGAAAACAAAACUCCAGAAGGCACUCAGGGGGACGUUGAUUGGCUGCAACAGUAUGAUAUGGAAAGGGAAAGGGAGGAACAAGAACUACAGCAAGCUUUGGCUCAGAGUCUCCAAGAACAACAGGAGGCGCGGGAGCAGAAAGAGGAUGAUGAUCUUAAACGUGCCACUGAAUUAAGUCUACAAGAAUUUAACAGUUCCCUCCUGGAUAGUCUUGGCUCUGAUGAUGACUCUGGGAAUGAAGAUUUUCUAGACAUGGAGUACUCUGAAGCGGAAGCUGAGGAACUGAAAAGAAAUGCUGAGACAGGAGAGCUUCCUAAUUCAUAUCGUCUAAUUAGUAUUGUAAGUCACAUUGGAGAUACCUCCUCUUCAGGUCACUAUAUUAGUGAUGUAUAUGACAUUCGCAAGCAGGCAUGGUUCACAUACAAUGACCUGGCAGUAUCAAGAACUCAAGAGGCCUCUGUCCAGAGUGAUAGAGACCGAAGUGGCUAUAUCUUCUUCUAUAUGCACAAGGAUAUAUUGGAUGAAUUGCUUGAAACAGAAAAGAGCCUGCAACUGCCUGGCACGGAAGUGGGGAAGCCAGUCUGAAGAAUGACCCUUUACCUGAGCACAAAGAGUUAAGAACUUUUGCCUAAUGCACAGGAGACAAACCUGAGGAACUCGGGGCAUAGUUGAGAGACAAGCUGCUUCAGAUAUGAAAGGGCCAUUCCAUCCCUUUCUUUGAACUUCAGCAGUCAAUCUUCUGUUAUCCAGAUGUUUUUUUUAAUUGUUUUGGUUUUGGUUUUGUUCUCUGUUGAGCUACUCAAAUAAUUUUACCUGCAGCGGAGACGAUCAAGCUAGAGAAUUUAAAAACUUCUUCCAAAACUUAUAAAAGCAUAGUAUGAGAGAAGACCAAAAGAUCACCUAUUAUUAACAAAUGGAGAAGAUCUUACACAUAGGUUGACUUUCUUUCUAUGGAAGAAAAGGUGAGAAAAAAGCAUAAGCUAUACUACAAUUAUACUAUGCCCUGAAAAGUGCAGGUGGCUGAUUGGUUAAAUGGAAGGAUUCGUCUUCAAAUGGACUUAAACACCUAUGAUUUGUAACACUCCAGAAUCCUUCAUUUUCAUCAUUUCAAAUAAUAUAUACAUUUAUGUAUAUUUUAACUUUUUAAAGUUUUUAUUCUUUUUGAAGGCAUUAGUUUCCAAAUACUGUCAUUUGCAGAACAGUUCCCUCUCCCCUUGAGUGUGCAUGGGUUUGUGUGUAUAUAUAUAUAUAUUUCUUGUGUUUCAUGGAACAGCUGUGCUGGUUGGGUGGUGAUCGUCAAUCCCUUUCCGAUGCUAAUCAGUAAAUGAAACAGAAAUAGUUCAACUCUGCACUGGCUUCCAGAGCUGUAUUGUGCUUGAAAGUGGGCAAGGAAUAUGGCGAAAGGAACAUGGAAAUAUAACAGUUUCUUCUUGUGCGGUUGGAAAAAAAACAAAACUCUUAAAUUAUCAGCAUUUGCAAAAAAAAUUCAGAGCAUCAAUAGAGGAGUUGACACUUAAAAGUGUUUGAAUAACUUGCUUAUAUUGGCAAAAAUUAUAUAGGUGCUCGACCCUCAUUUUAGUGCUAGAAGUUAAUAACUGUUAUACCAUUUCCACUUUCAUAGCAAUGAAAUUGCUAAUAAUUGAGAUGUUUCUUGAUUUGCUUCAUAGUAAAAAUAUUUUCUUUGAAAGAGAUAGCAGCUACAUGGAAAAAUGUAUUUUACCCCUACUUGUUGGGGAUUUUUAUGUUCUUUACUAUUAGAACCUUCUGAAACUACAUUUUGAGAGUAGACACGAGUGACAUAGACAAUAGAAUUAUUUGUUGCUGAAAGGUUUUAAGAUUAUUGAUAAUUGCAGCCAGUAUUGGAGAACUCUAAAUACAUAAAUAGAAGAUACCAACAGAGUAAAAUACUAUCUGAUGUAGAAGACAAAGUUCUCAAAAACUACACUGCACCAAAGCAUAAUAUGCUAACUUCUGUCGUAAUUUUGUACUGUUCACAAAGGUAUUUUGGUGUGUUUUUAACAAAGAAUAAAGGGAUUUUCUUUGUAAAGAAGAGUAUCUCAGAAUGUGAUAGUCUUGAUUCUAGAGUAAGGCUAGCUGUCUGUUAAUGAAAAAAAAACCUUCAGAUGUUUGACAGAAUCUGGAUUUCUAUUUGCUUGAGCAGUUAUCAAUACAAUUCAGGAAAAAGCAGGAUUUGUAUUGCACUGAUAGCUGAACUUCCAUUCAAGUGAAUGUUACUGAAUAAUUGGUUCCUUCUCUGCCCCCCAUCCAACUCCAGAUACAUCUUAGAUUUCCUUAUGAGUGGAAUAGGAGGGGGAGCAUUUUUCUCCAGUGCUUGUUGUGGUCUCUUGAGAAGGGGCUCUGGAGAGUAGAGGCCUUUAAAUAUAAGGGGAGGUGGCAAACUCAAGUUCGGGAAAAAAAGAAAUUCAAAUAAAAUUACAUCUCCCAUUCUCCCUUCUGGCAGGAGGUGGUGUUAGCUUUCAUUUCCUGCUCUGAAUGGAAGGGUCUUAUACAACCCAUUGUAAUUAUGCAGUUAUGUUUUUGGUUCCAUACUUAACAGUGAAGCCAAAUUAACUAAUAUAUAUUCAGUUUCGAACUUGGUGUCUUCUAUAAUACAAUGCAGAAUUGCCCCUAGUGUGUAAAGACUGAUUUGCUUCAUCUAAACUUGAAAAGUAUGUAGCCUGAGAUAAAUUCAUGUACCUUUGGUAGAAAACAAUUUCUCAUUCAGUAAGAAGUGGUGACUGUUAAUCCUGCCUGGAUUGCAUUUUACAAAGAUCAAAUUCUGUGGCAAUGCAAUGAAUUUGUGCUGCAGUUCAUCUAUUUUUCUUAUAUGUUUUAACAUUUAAUUCUGAAACUCCUGACCAUACUGGAUUAUAUUUAAACCCUCAUUAAAUGGUUUAUCAUAUUUCCUUUUGAGAAAUUAUACCAAGGACCCUAGAAAAUCUCUGGGGAACCUGAACUGCAACUGCUGGUAUUUUUUAAAAAAUUCUUGUUUAAAAAAGGAAUUGGAUUUAGUUAUACUAUAUUUCUGGAACAGCAUGAUAUGGCACACCUCUAGAUAUCUUAAUUCUAGGAUUACUGAUUUUAGAUUUUGAAGUGAGGCCUAGCUUUAACCAUAAAUUCAUCCAGUAGUGGAUGAACUUCAGCAUAUUUUAAAUUCCUCUCUUCCUUCUUAUAUCUGUCAAACCUUUUUCUGCACUUAUUUUUUAUACGAGAAAUAGCCAUAACAUGUUUGCACUAAGUAACUAAAUUCUUCUGAAAAGUAAAAUGAAACGUGUAUAUACGUGAAUUUAAAAGGUAGCUCUGGUAGUUUACUUAAAAAAAAAACUUUAGAAUCACCAAGCAUUUAUGCCUCUACCGUUCUAAGGAAAUGCAAGUCUGCAAUUAUAGAAUAUUAAGCAGCAUUGCUGCUAUUUGGAUGAAGCCUAAUAUUCAUAUCUGUGACAAGGUACAAAGGUUUCAGGGACAUUUCUCUAUUCUGAACUGCCUUUUCACUUCCCGAGGACCUGACAGCAUUCAAGAAUGGCGCUGUAUAUUAUGGGUCUCUGUUGCUAGAUGUGCUAAGAGAAAGCUGCUCGCAUUGCAACUAAGUAAAAGGCAGAGUAAUUGUUUUAAAAUUGCAUAAAUUAAUAUUUCACCAUGAAGUGAAUUAUUCUGGGAAUAAGAUUGCCAUGUGUUUCUGAAAAAGAAUAGUUGGGUGCUUUUUAAAACCCGAAAUAGAAAAUUAAUAGCCCAUGAAUGGAAAUCAAAGAAAAUCCAUAACACUUUGCUGUUGACCUGCAGCAGUAACCUACUCCUUUGCUUUUACUUUAAGAAGUUACUUUGUAAAAUCUUGGUGGAAGGGAAUAAAUAAAAAUGACAAGGGUACCCUAGCAGCUGCAUUGAGAAGAUUGCUUUGAUAAUUAUAUGUUGGGAAUCGCUUUGUAUCCCUUGACAUAAUGUGGAGCAGCAGUUUUCUGUGUUUUAGCAGACCUGUUCUUCUAUUCCUCACAAUUCUGCUUUUAUUCUUUCUUUUUAAAUAAUGUGUAGAUCAAUUUCUGAGAAAUUAAACGCUCUUUAUGAAUGCCGAAUCUGAUUUUUCUUUCCAGAGCAAUGCAGUGCCUUGCUACUUUUCUAUUGUCCUUGCUGCUAUUUGAUUACUGUUUUUCUUCCACAAAAUUGGCACUACAAAAAUCAUGGUAUUUUUUCACAUUGAUUUUGCUUAGAUAUUCCACAUUUUUUAUUAAUUUAAAAUUUGUUCUUGUUUGUUUUAAAAGUGCAUAACCAUGUUGGAGAAGAUAUCACUGUAUAUUUAAAAAGAUGCUAAACUUUAUUAUGGAAAAAAAAUGUCCAUUAGCAGUGAAUUGACGUAAUAAUGUGAUAACUUGCUGUUUACAAACAAGGAUAACUCCUCAUUUUGCAGGAAUAAGUUUUAUUUGUACUGGGAUACAUUUCAUAAGAGAACAGUGGUUCCAUCUGGAAUGCCUUCUGCUUUAUGGGUCACCUCAAAGCCUAUUUUGGAGGCAUAUUCAUUGGCAAUUGAAAACUCUUAACUAUAAUCAUGUAGACAGCUAGGAUCAUAGAUAAAAACAGAUUAAGGCAAGCUUGGAGAGACAAUAAUCCUAGAGCUCUUAUAUUUACUUCUAUUGGCAAAGCUGUGUUUUUAAGCAGUAUAAAUUAGCUGCUUUUAAGUCAUUUCUGGCCAGGUUGCAAGAUUGCAAUGUCUUUGCUUGAAAGAUUUUUGUCCAAAAUGUUUUUUUUUUAAUUCUAAGCAGGAAAAUCUUUCAAGGGCAGUUCAUCAGAAAAGUAGCACUGGUUCACCCAGGGAGUUUCCCCAGAUUAGACAAAAUAAUUGAGAGUCACUGGAGUGUGAGAAAGAGACACAGUGGAGAGACUGAGUGAGCAAGAGAGCAUGGGCAAAAGGGAGAUGAACAAGAGCAAUCAUGGGUGGGUGGAGGGUUGGCACACCUGUCCUAUGGUGCAAAUAGAGGUUCCCUAUAAAAAGAGGGGAGUUGGAAAAUUGUCACCCAAAAAGUCAGGUUCUGCUAGAUAGCAAAAUGUAUGGGUCUCAUUCAAAAACCAGCCCAACCUCCUUUUAAGAAAAAUGGUGGGGGUUGUUUUUUUUUUUUUGCCUUCCACUAGCAGGAAAUCCACCAAUUACUUUCCUGCAUCUGUUCCACAAUAGUGUUGUUAGGGCAGCCCCAUUUGCCAGCUUUGUCACUAAGUCAAAUUGGAACUUGGGUAUUGGGAAAGAGUAAACAAUUUCAACAUAGUUUUGGGCAGCUUCAUAACUGGAGGAAAGUAUGUUAAAGCAGCUGUUCUGGAUCUGCACUAAAAUCAUCUACAUUUUUUUUUUAAAGAAACCCUUUUGUCUUUGCAAAACUGCUAGUGGUAG